AUGGAUGCGCAUCAAACAAUAGCAACAAGAGAAUACGCGGAAGAACAAUUACCUAUUGGAUAUUUACCGGAACCUGUUCCAGAUAUAUCAGCGCCUCCAUUCGUCUAUCCGGGUCUAUCCGGGGUCUAUGCUCCAAAAAUGAUCGGCAUAGAGUCAACUGGUGAAGAACAUUUGGGUAUCACGGUGAAAUUAAAUGAAGCUGGAGACUUAGAAAUAAAACGUAUUGUUCAAGGGGGAUUAAUUGAUAAACAAGGACUUUUACAUGUGGGAGAUAUUAUUAAAGAAAUGAAUGGUGAAAUUGUUCAUACACCGGAAGAAUUGCAAGAGAAACUGAGAAGUGCUAGAGGUGCUGUGACAUUCAAAGUUGUGCCAAGUUAUUAUGAUUUACCAUCCCCAUCUCAGCUUUAUGUACGUGCACAUUUUUCUUAUGAUCCCACUAAAGAUAAACUCAUACCAGCUAAAGAAGCAGGUUUACAAUUUGACGAAGGAGAUAUAUUACAAAUAUUAAGUCAAGAAGAUGUACAUUGGUGGCAGGCUCGUCAUGUGAAAGAUCCGAGUCAAAAAGGACUUAUACCAUCUCAGUAUCUCGAAGAACGUCGCAAAGCAUUUGUUCCACCUGAAAAUGACUUUUCAAAAACAUCACUUGUGUGUGGUCUAAUUGAUCGUCGUAAAAAGAAACGGUAUUUGUUCAACGUUAAAGACAGUUCCAUCUUUGAUAAAGGUGACAUUCGCUUGUAUCAAGAAGUAGCCAGAAUGCCUCCGUUUCAACGAAAAUGUCUCGUUUUAAUUGGAUGUCAUGGAGUGGGUCGACGGACAUUAAAAAGUAAAUUAUUGAGUUUAGAUCCAGAACGAUUUGGAACAACGAAACCACACACAUCGAGACCAAGACGCGCUGAUGAACCGAGUCAUAAUUAUAUAUUUACAAAUCGUGAUGAGAUGGAACAAGAUAUAGAGAAUGGCGAAUAUUUAGAAUCAGGAGAAUAUAGCGAACAUCUGUAUGGAACAAAAUUUGAUACUGUUCGAAGUGUAAUUACAUCUGGAAAAAUGUGUAUUUUAGAUAUUGAACCAACGGCAUUAAAAUUGAUUAAUGAUAAAGAAUUUAUGCCUUAUGUUGUAUUUAUCAAAGCACCUAAUCUUGAUUUUCUCAGAUUUAUGCAAAAUGAUAAACGACAUACAAAAAUGAAAACAGCGAAAGAUUUGGAACAAGUUGUACUUGAAAGUGAUGCAAUUGAACGUGAUUAUCAUGCAUUUUUUGAUUUGGCAAUUAUUGCCGAAGAUAUGGAUAAGGCAUUUGAACAACUUGUUCGAGCUGUUGAAUCGCUUAGUGCCGAACCACAAUGGGUUCCUGUACAAUGGUUUUCUUAA